AUGGGGCCGGGCCCGGGGGUCGUGGCCGCGCUGCUGGCGCUGCUGGUCCCGGUCGCGGCUCGGGGUCCCGGCUCUGCCGCCUGCGAGCUGUCCCCGAGCGGCCGCUUCGACUGCGGCCCCGAGCGGCUCCUGGCGCGGGCGGACUGCGAGGCUCGGGGCUGCUGCUACAUCCCCGGGCCCGGCCCUCGCAGCGGGCCCGGCCCGCCCUGGUGCUUCUUCCCCCGCGGUUACCGCAGCUACCGAGCCGAGAACCUGACGGCCACCGAGAGCGGCUUCUCGGCCCGGCUGCGCCGCGUGGCCGCCGCCUUCCUGCCGGCACCGGUGGACACGGUUCGGCUGGACCUGGCCCUGGAGACCCCGGCCCGCCUGCGCUUCACGCUCCGGGACGCGGCCCGGCAGCGCUAUGAGGUCCCGCUGGCCACGCCGCAGGUGCGCGGCCGAGCCCCCGCCACGCUCUACGGGCUGCAGGUGAGCCAGGAUCCCUUCGGGCUCGUGGUGUGCCGGCAGCGCGGCGGGACGGUCCUGCUGAACACCACGGUCGCACCCCUCAUCUUCACAGACCAGUUCCUGCAGAUCUCCACCUCCCUGCCCUCCCAUUUCAUCUCGGGGCUGGGGGAGCACCUGACACCGCUGUUCCUGGACACAGCAUGGAGCAGAGUCACCCUCUGGAACCGGGACAUGGCACCCGCGCCCCACGUCAACCUCUACGGCUCCCACCCUUUCUACCUGGUGAUGGAGGACGAUGGUUCAGCCCACGGUGUCUUUCUGCUGAACAGCAACGCGAUGGAUGUGCUCCUGCAGCCCAGCCCGGCCCUGACCUGGCGCACCACGGGUGGGAUCCUGGACUUCUACAUCUUCCUGGGCCCCGACCCCAAGAGUGUGGUGCGGCAGUACCUGGAUGUUGUUGGGUUCCCCUUCAUGCCCCCGUACUGGGGCCUGGGCUUCCACCUGUGCCGCUGGGGCUACUCCUCCACUGACAUCACCCGGCAGGUCGUGGCCAACAUGACAGCAGCUCGCUUCCCCCUGGAUGUGCAGUGGAACGACCUGGAUUAUGCAGAUGCCAAGAGGGAUUUCACCUUCAAUAAGAAAAGCUUUAGGGACUACCCGGAGAUGGUGCGGGACUUCCACAGCCGCGGGCUGAGGUACAUCAUGAUCGUGGAUGCUGGGAUCAGCAGCUCAGGGCCCCCUGGCAGCUACAAGCCCUACGAUGAGGGCCUGAAGCGAGGGGUGUUCAUCCGAAACGCCACGGGACAGCCCCUGAUCGGGAAGGUCUGGCCAGGCCCCACGGCCUUCCCAGACUUCACCAACCCAAGGACUCACGAGUGGUGGUACGACAUGGUGAAAGACUUCCACGAACAAGUGCCCUUCGAUGGCAUGUGGCUUGACAUGAAUGAGCCGUCCAACUUCGUGGAGGGCUCCCAGGAUGGCUGCCCCAACAACAACCUGGAGCAUCCCCCCUACGUGCCAGGUGUGUUUGGGGGACGGCUGCAAGCCGGCACCAUCUGUGCCUCCAGCCAGCAGUACCUGUCCUCUCACUACAACCUGCACAGCCUGUACGGGCUGACAGAGGCCAUCGCCUCCCACAGUGCUCUGCUGAGGGUCCGGGGCAAGCGUCCCUUCAUCAUCUCCCGCUCCACCUUCGCUGGGCACGGGCGCUACGCCGGGCACUGGACAGGGGAUGUUGGCAGCGACUGGGAGCAGCUCUACUACUCCAUACCAGAGGUGCUGCUCUUCAACCUCUUCGGGGUGCCGCUGGUGGGUGCUGACAUCUGCGGCUUCGUGGGCAACACCAACGAGGAGCUGUGCGUGCGCUGGACCCAGCUGGGCGCCUUCUACCCCUUCAUGAGGAACCACAACGACCACGGCACCCGGCCACAGGAGCCCUACUCCUUCAGCCCUCCUGCCCAGGCUGCCAUGAGGAAUGCCCUGCACCUCCGCUACUCCCUGCUGCCCUUCCUGUACACCCUGUUCCACCGGGCUCACAGUGCUGGAGAGACCGUGGCACGGCCCCUGUUCCUGGAGUUCCCCACGGACCCCAACACCUGGGCCGUGGACCGGCAGCUCCUGUGGGGCGGGGGGCUGCUCGUCACCCCCGUGCUGGAGGCAGGACAGACCAAAGUCAGAGGUUACUUCCCAGCAGGGACGUGGUACAGCCUGGCAGGGGACUCCACCAUCCACAGCAAAGGGCAGUGGAUCCUCCUGCCAGCACCCCUGGACACCAUCAACGUGCACAUCCGUGCAGGGCACAUCCUGCCCCUGCAGGAGCCCGCGUUCAGCACUGCCCAGUCCCGCAGCAAGGGCAUGGCCUUGGUGGUGGCACUGACCCUGGAUGGCUUCGCCAGGGGAGAUCUGUUCUGGGACGAUGGGGAGAGCUGGGAGACCUUUGAGAGGGGAGACUACACCGAGAUCCUCUUCCUGGCCUCAAACGACGCUGUGCUCAGCCAGCUGCUGCGGGCCAGUCCCCACCUGGACGGGGUCCUGCUGGAGGCUGUGACUGUGCUGGGUGUCACCAGCCCUCCCCGGCGAGUCCUGGCCAACGGUGCCAUCGUGAGUGACUUCUCCUACCGCAGUGACACCCAGGUGCUGAAGGUCCCUGUGUCACUGCCCAUGUGGGAGCAGUUUGUGAUCUCCUGGUCCUGAGGCAGUGUCAGUCACAGGGAGAGGCCACGCUGCUCCCCUGGAAUCUGAGGCCAAAUCUGUCCCAUCCCUUGUACCCAGAGCUGUUCCUGCUCUUCCCACACUCCUGGGCUUUGUUUUACCUCUGGAUGUCAAUGGAGGGGUGAGCCCUGCACUGGCACAGGGAGGGGGUCCUUGCACAGCCCCCAGGGACAGGGAAAACCUCAUCAUCAUCAAAUCAGGGGAAAAAAGACCCAAGUGCCUUGUGAGGCAGCAAACCAGUUACUGUGGGGGACUGGUAACUGGGGCAGAGACUGCAAGGAGUUUUCUGGCUGUGGUUUUGGGGAGGGGGAUGUGCAGGGGCUGAGGGAGCAGUACUGUGAAUAAAGCUGCUGUUUGCUGGGAGCAGCCCCACGCUGUCCUUGUCCCCUCUCCUGGUCCUGAAUGUGCCCUUGGCUGGGACAUUCCAGCUCUAUCCCUGCCUGGAGGUCUCCAGUGGGAUCCCCUGUGCCCCUUAAAGGCUUCACCCCAUUUCCCAGCUGUUUCUGCAGCCCUGGCUG